AUGAACAUGAAUACAUAUGCUGUAUCUCCCACGAAUGCUGCUAAUAACAACAUGAUGCAAUACAACAUUCAACCAAAGUAUGCGACUGCUCAGAUGUACAACAAUUUUCAGCAGGUACAGCCUGUACAAACAGUUUCAAUGCGAGCAAUGCCCUACAACAGCAUGCAGGUUCAACCCAUGACCACAGCCGUGAUUCAAAAUCGAAGUGUUAUGAAUUGUUCUUCGUUGAAAAGUGAGAAUGAGAUGUUGAUGGAAGAGAUUGGGCAUCUCCGACGAUUGUUGGAUAAUGAGCGGUCGAAAUUGCCGAUGGAGAAAGUCAUAGUGAAGGAGAUUCCUGUGGAGAAAGAAGUUAUUCGUGAAAUUCCAGUUGAAAAAGUCGUCGUCAAGGAGGUUCCCUUCGAAGUGGAGAAGAUUGUCACCCGAGAUGUGGAGGUCCUGAUCGACAAGAUAGUGAUCAAAGAAAUCAUCCAAGAGAUUCCAGUCGAAAAAGUCGUACAGAGGGAGGUGCCGGUUGAAAAGUUCUUUGAGAAAGUGUAUGAGAAGCAUAUCGAAGUCCCAGUGGAGAAGGUGGUAAAUGUGGAAGUUCCCGUCGACAGAAUUGUAUACAAGGAAAGGGAGUCUCCCCCUCCAGAACGUCGAAUGGUUGGUAUCGGACUGAUGCUCGAGCGACUCUCAAACGAAUACUACACCUACGUAGAAGAGAUCGUCCCUGGCUUUGCGGCAGACCUGAGCGGCCAGAUACAAGUCGGUGACAUCGUCUUGUACGUCAACGACAUCUCCCUGGAGGGGAUGCCCCUCGACGACAUCAAGCAGGCAAGCAGAAUGAUACUGUUUGCUGUCAAUCUAUUCCGAAGGAGUGCUAUGUCGUUGAACCCAAACAACUACGAUGCUGCACUAAGGAUCACGAGCUUUGAAUCGUUUCAAGAGUCUGAGAACAACAGCUAUCAAGAGAGGGACCAUGACCGCAGCAGGUCAUCUUCGAAUAAUACGAACUACAACGGACAAAAAGGUUUUUCUUUGAAUGAUCCGAGAUUUACGUUAACCGUGCAGAUGAUCGCAGAGUACGCAUUUCGUUUUGAACCACGUUAUGACUUGAACAUCUAG